UAUAUAGUCGAGUCCAGUAAAGGACUAUAUGACUCGAUGCUGACACGUGGCAAGAAGCAUUAUAGGAAUAUGCCCUCAGCGUGCUCUGAGUUCCAUCUACUUCUCUGUGACAGGCCAAAAAAUGACACUGCAACAGUGUCUCUUUAUGUAUACUCUGAAGUUGGUAGAGAGCCACACAAAGAGCCAAAAACCUUUGGUCAGAUCCAUGUUGCACCAGAGCUCCAAGUUUAAGACAGUUUAGCUUGCAUUAGCAUGGAGGUUUACAUCCUAUUCUCUCUUUUCUCCAAUGUUGUCUCUACCCUUUGUCUCCUCAUUCUGUAUAUAAGUGAUACUAGAGCAUAUGGAUCAAAGCAACUCUUAUGGUAGACAGUGGGCAAAUGGAAACCAUGUCAUAUCCUUGUUCUCCUCUUCUCUCCUUUCCUAUACACGAAGAGAGUAGCUAUUCGCUAUGGUCUCCUCAGCUAGCCCACCAUGAGAAUUCUCCUGUCGAUCCUUGUGAGUUCUUUGACACCACUGCCAUAGAUUCUAGCGAUACACAUGGCCAAAAUGCUUUUGAUGUUGAUGUGUUCACCCAUUGUCCUGAGAGGCUUCUGUGCCAAGAGAGUGGUAACUUGGCGACUAUCCAAGAGGAGCUCAUGGAGGAGAACAGUCUAAGUGAUCUCCUUCUCACUGGAGCAGAGGCAGUCGAGGCUGGGGAUUCAAGCCUUGCCUCGGUAGUGUUCUCAAAACUUGACGAGCUCCUGCCUGUCACUUUUGAGAAUGCAGCAGCCAGCUCUUUUGAUCGGCUGGCCUACCAUUUUUCCCAAGGCCUGCAGUCCCGGAUGUCUGGUGCAUCCUCUCCGUGCUACCCACCAGAACCAGAGCAGUCUGGUACCAUGUCGGUGCACCAGAUGAUACAAGAGUUGUCGCCAUUUGUUAAGUUCACGCACUUCACCGCCAAUCAGGCCAUUCUAGAUGCCACCACAGGUGACACGGAUGUUCAUGUCAUCGACUUCAACCUCAGUGAGGGCAUCCAGUGGUCAUCACUCAUGUCAGACCUUGCUCGCCAAGGUGGCAAGUCGUUCCACCUUACAGCAAUCAUAAUGGAUGCUGAUCACAAUAACAACACUCAUCACACAGCUGCACGGUGUCUUGCAGAGUUUGCUGAAUCCUUAAACCUCCCCUUCCAGUUCAGCUUUCUUUGUAUACACAACAAGGAGGACCUGGAGGACUUUUCCAGGAACCGUGAAGGUUCAGUGGUUUUCUCAUGUGACACAACGAAUUUGUGUUACAAGUCGUGGAGCAAGUUACAGAUGCUACUACUUGGCUGUGUCAAGAAUUUACAGCCUAAGUUAGUGGUCAUCAUAGAAGAGGAGCUGGUCAGAAUUGGAAAAGAGGUUUCUCUAUCUCACGCUUCCUUUGUGGAGUUUUUCUUUGAGGCAUUGCACCAUUUCACCAUGGUGUUUGAGUCCCUGGUGAGUUGUUUCAGCACUAGUAACAAUAGGGUCUGCCUGAAGCUUGUGGAGAGGGAUAUGGUGGGGCCAAAGAUACAGGACUUUGUAGGGCAGUACAGGUCUGUGACCCUUGAGGUUGCUGCCCCUAAGGAUUUGGAAAGGUUUGUGCCUUGUGGGCUGAGUGCCCGUAAUAUUGCUCAGGCCAGGAUGCUGGUUGGGUUGUUCAAUAGGAGCUUCGGUAUCACGCAUGAGAAGGGCAGGCUUCAGUUGUGCUGGAAGUCCAGGCCUUUGAUCUCUGUGUCAGUUUGGACUCCUCUGUGAAAGGAAAUGAGUUUGUGAUGAUUUUCGGGCUAAA